AUGCCUCUGUCCGUUUGAGAGCGAAGCAGCAUGAAUUUAAUCAUCUCAAGAUUCUUGGCAUACUUUUACUUCGCAUUCCAAGUCGUUCUCCAUUCCCUCAUCGACCGUGGUCUUCCUCACCCGCAGCCGUGUCACAUCCUGGCGCAGAUAGGACACACUGUGCGUCUCGGCGCGCUGCUCCCCACGCGCCAGCCUGCCAGGGUACAGGCUGCCCUGAACCGCGCCCUGCAUGGAUUCGCCGAAACUGGCAACAACUUUCUGCCUUACAACCUGAGCCUGGAGGUGGUGUCUCGAGAGCCCUUGAACGGAGACCCAGAGUCAUUGUUCAGGUGUGUGUGUCAAGCCAUAGUUGUUCAGGGAGUAUCCGCUGUGCUCGCAUUUCCCCAGACACAAGAAGAAAUAGUACAAGUGGAAUUUAUGUCGUCUUUCUUGGAAAUUCCUUUUAUAAGCAUCAUUGAGCACGGAGAUCCGCUCCGAACUCAGAACCGGUUCCAUUUGCAGAUGCUGACCCGUAUGCCCGGGUCGGGACUGGUGGACCUGCUGCUGUCCGUACUGCAGCGUACCGGCUGGGCUGAUGGUACUGCCGUGCUGUGUGAGGGCUGGAGGGAUGCUGGCUUACUGGAGUUACUGGAGCUGAGGGCUCUGUCCACACUGGGAAAUGGACAUUGGCACCUACGUGCCCUCCUCAAUCUCACUCACACUGCUCCUGAGGAAGCACACAUCACUGACUUCCUGUCGGAGCACUUCAGUCAAACACUUCCUCCCGCCUCUGUGCUCCUGUUUGGAUCAGACCCCCAGUGUGCUUCAUCAGUUCUACACAGUGCCCACACUCUGGGCCUGGCCCUGCCCGCUCUGCACUGGAUUAUGGGAUAUCCACUGAGCCCUGAGGAGCUGCAGUCUAUUGGUCUGCCAUUGGGGCUGCUAGCCUAUGGGGAGGUUGACCGCAAACCACUUGACUUCUACAUACAUGAUGCUCUGCAGCUGAUCGGCAGGGCUGUUGCCUCAGCAACCGUGAUCAGACCAGACCUUGCCCUGAUCCAGAACAUGGUCAACUGUUAUGACAAACCCAACAAACAUGAGCUGCCCUCCUCCGGACAGUACUUAGCCAGGUUCCUUUCCAACACUUCGUUUGAGGGACUGACUGGUCCCGUUAGAGUGCAGCGGAACGUGUCACGUGUUCUCACAUCACAGCGUGUUCAUGUGUGGAGCCUGCAGCGGGAUGCUGUAGGCCAGCCUUCCUGGGUGACUGUGGGGAGCUGGGACGGCAGCCAGUUGGAUAUGGAAGAACAGGGUCUGUGGCAUAGCUCUGCCCCUCGCCAACACUCCGACGGUCAGCAGGGUAAGGAAGGAGGGCGGUGGAGACCAGGUGUGCCAGUGGCUGGUCACCGUCUGCGCGUGGUCACGCUGGUGGAGCAUCCUUUUGUGUUCACACGAGAGGUGGACGAAGACGGCACCUGCCCAGCCGGACAGUACUGUCUUGAUGCAGCAACCAACAACUCAGACACACUGAACCGAUACUUUGCUGAAGUAGCGCAGGGUAACAAUAGCUUCCUGCCUGAAGACUAUGCCAAGUGCUGUUACGGAUACUGCAUAGACUUGCUGGAGAAACUAGCGGAGGACAUGCAGUUUGAGUUUGACCUUUACAUUGUUGGUGAUGGGAAGUAUGGGGCGUGGAAGGGUGGCCGCUGGACGGGCCUGGUGGGAGACCUGCUGAACGGCGUGGCAGACAUGGCGGUAACCAGCUUCAGCAUAAACUCUGCCCGCAGUAAAGUCAUGGAUUUCACCAUCCCUUUCUUCUCCACCAGUCUGGGCAUACUGGUGCGCAGCAAAGACACAGCUGCUCCCAUUGGGGCAUUCAUGUGGCCACUUCACUGGUCCAUGUGGAUGGGCAUCUUCGUGGCUCUGCACAUCACCGCACUCUUCCUCACCCUGUACGAGUGGAAGAGUCCCUUUGGAAUGACGCCCCAUGGGAGGAACCGGGUGAAAGUCUUUUCCUACUCUUCUGCACUCAAUCUUUGCUAUGCUAUCCUGUUUGGACGCACUGUUUCCAGCAAGACACCCAAAUGUUGGACUGGCCGGUUCCUAAUGAACCUGUGGGCUAUAUUCUGCCUUCUGGUUUUGUCCAGUUACACAGCCAAUCUGGCAGCUGUCAUGGUUGGAGAGAAGACCUUCGAAGAGCUGUCUGGGAUUCACGAUACCAAGCUCCAUCACCCCUCUCACGGUUUCCGAUUUGGUACAGUACGUGAGAGCAGUGCUGAAGACUACGUGAAGAAGAGCUUUCCAGAGAUGCACGAGUACAUGAGACGCUUCAAUGAGCCCACUACACCAGACGGGGUCUCAACACUGAAGACAGAUCCACCGCAGCUUGAUGCCUUUAUUAUGGACAAAGCCCUGCUGGACUAUGAGGUGUCCAUCGACGCUGACUGUAAACUGCUCACUGUUGGCAAACCUUUUGCCAUUGAAGGUUAUGGGAUUGGACUCCCCCAGAAUUCCCCUCUCACUUCCAACAUCUCUGAGUUCAUCAGCCGAUACAAGUCUGAUGGCUACAUGGACAUGCUGCAUGAUAAAUGGUACAAAGUGGUGCCAUGUGGGAAGAGGGUGUUUGCUGUAACAGAGACCUUGCAGAUGGGCAUUCAGCAUUUCUCAGGCUUGUUUGUGCUGUUGUGUGCUGGUGUUGGAGGUGCUUUGCUCACGCUGGCCGGGGAACACGCCUUUUACCGCCUGGUUCUGCCCCACAUUCGCCGACGGCAGAAAUUCAAAUACUGGCUGCACACAAGUCAGAAAAUCCAUCGGGCGCUGAAUAUGGCCUAUGAGGACGCUAAACGACAGAGGGCCUACACAGAGAAAAGCUGCAACAUUCAGAAGGCCCCGCCCCCCCCACCCCCCCCGGCAGGGUGCUCCAGGUGGAAUAAUGAGGACAGCGAAGCUAAAGACCCCAGAGAAAAUAAGAGGGUUCAUUUCAACCUGGAGACUCUAAACAGUCGCGGGCUGAUCGCUGGCAUGGCGCCACACAGGGGACUGACCAGGGGCCGUAGCCUGGUGGGUCGAGUGAGUGAGAACGGCGGGCCAGUGGCCACGCCCUCCGGCCCGAUUAUACCCCUCCCCCCUCCCGCCUCGUUCCACUCGUCUGCGGGCCUGACCGGGGAGGAGGAGCUGCAGGGGCUCCAGGAGAAGAUUGAGGAGAUCCGCGGCCAGCUGAGGGAGGCACUGGCCCGCCGGGCGGAGCUUCAGACUACACUGGCCAAACAGCGGACCACUCCUGUCACAGCGACCACACAGACUUCUUCUGAUCCCACACCCCCUCUGCACCCACCUCCUGCUAAAGAGUCCAGAGAGAAAAGGUGA